AUGCAGCAGCGCAGCAGAAGACGAGGACAGCCUGGAGGCUGCGCCCUGGCCGCCCUGGCGCUGGCCUGCCUCGCCCUGCUGCCCUCGCCGGCAACCGCCGUCAACGUCGCAGACUUGCUUGCAUCCGCCAGCAAGAAAGACUCUAGCAUCACGGCCACAGUAGUCACGCCCGUGGCCACCUCCGCCACGCCCGUGGACGCCGCGGCGGGCGCCGGCGGGGACGCCGCCGCCUCCGGGGAUUCCGCCGCCACCACCGGCAGCGCACUGCAGGCGGGCGGCCUGUCGGGCGGCCUCGCCGGCUCCGUCUUCGGCGGCGGCUUUGCGCAGGCGGAGAGCCCGCCGCCGGCCUCGCCUCCCGCGCCACCAGGCAUGGUCAUCCUGGACCCUUCUUCCGUCGACAACACCAUGCAGUUUUACUCCGUCGCCUCCUCCGACGCUUUCCUCGCCGUGUUGGCCGUCGCCAACGCCCGCAACUGCACCUCCCCCUGCUCCUCCAUCUCCGUGGAGGCCGACAUCACGCUGGCCGCCGACCAGACGCUGCUGGUCAACAACACUAUGCUGAUCCAGGGCGCCUGCGAGGGCGGCCGCGCCUGCAAGGUCGACGGCGGCGGCGCCACGCAGCUCAUGCGCGUCUCGGGCUUCUACGCCUUUGCCGACGUCAGGAACCUGGAGUUUGCAAACGGGGAGCACAACUCGGCCGCCAAGGGCGUGUUUGGAGGAGCAGUUGAGGUGUUCCAGCUGGGCAAGGCGCUCUUCUCCACCUGCAAGUUCACCGGCAACAACGCGGGCCAGGGAGGCGCCGUGGCCAUCUACUCUGGCGGCUCCGCCAACUUCACCGACUGCGACUUUGUGGAGAACAGCGCGCAGAACGUGGGCGGCGCCAUCUCAGUGGGCGGCGGCGUCGGCGAGGCCAGGCGCUGUGCCUUCAUCGGCAACUCUGCGGGCCAGGGCGGCGCCGCCAUCUCCAUGGACGGCUCAGACACUAUGACUGUGGAGGACUGCACCUUCACGCAGAGCGAGGCUGGGUACGGGUGGGGUCCCGACAUCUACCUGCGGUACUCCACCCUGUCCCGCCUGUACAUCAGCCCGCCAAACACCAAGGCCGGCAUCGAGCCCGCCGAGGCCGCCAAUUUCUACUCCCAGCCCCCCUCCCCUCCCACCCCGCCGCCCUUCCCCAACCCAGCGCCCCCGCCACCGUCGCCGCCCCCCGCGCCGCCCACCCCUCCCCACCCCGCCCCCAAGCCGCCCGCGCCCAAGCCGCCGCCCUCCCCGCCGGCCCCGCCCUCUGAGGCAGUUGCCGACGAGGCCCAGCUGGCGGCGGCCAUCCUUGGGCGGCAGAGCAACAUUGUGCUGCAGGGGCACAUCGUGCUGACGGGGCGCUUCAUCAACGGCACCAACCUGCUGCCAGACCUGCUGGUGCCAACCACCAUCACGGGCGCGUGCACCACGCUGGGCGGGCUGUGCAUUCUGGAUGCCAAGCAGCUGGGGCGGGUGUUCCACGGCGCGGGGCCCUGGGUCAAGCUGACGCUGGCCAACAUCCGCAUCGUCAACGGCAACUCGCGGGACGAGUCCGGCGGCGGCAUCCUGCUGGAGGGCGGCGCCAGCCUCAGCCUCACCAACUGCGCCUUUGAGCGCAACUGGGGGCGCAGCGGCGGCGCGGUGGACGUGGCGAACGGCAGCGAGAUCACGAUCCUUGGCAGCACCUUCUACAGCAACAAGGCGGGGCUGGCUGGGGGCGCGCCGCCGCCCAAGCCGCCGCCCAAGCCGCCCAAGCCGCCUGCCCCACCGGGGCCGCCGCCCUCGCCGCCCGCCCCUCCCGCGCCGCCGCCUCCCCCGGGCAUCAGCACCGGCCGCCCCUUCCCCUUUGGCUCCGAAUGGAGCUGGGAGACAAGCACAGGCUUCCUGUUCUGGGCUAUUGUGGGCCUGCUGACCGUCACCUUCCUCAUCCUCACCGUCGUCUUCCACAAGCGCAUCUUCAGUCCCAUCCCGUGGGACUACACCCGCAUGAAGUACACCGAGCCGCAGCCCGGCUCCGGCCUCAGCAAGCUGCACGCCCCAGGGGCGGUCCUGCCCGGGGACCUAGAGCGCCAGGAGAAGGAGGAGGUGGUGGAGACGCCCACCAUGCUUCACAUCAUGGGACAAAACAACCUGCUGCAGCGCACGGGCUUCAGGGGCGGCGACGCCGAGCAGCUGGAGGACUGA